AUGUCGCUUUUCGGAGAGUCACCACCACCGACGCCGUCCGCGCGCCAGAACAAGUCGUCUCUGUUCGACGACGACGAUCAACCUGCCGCCCGCAACACCUCGGCCAGCUCGGGCUUGUUCGCCGAAGCCAACGACGGAGACGACGGUCAAUCGCCCUGGGACUUUCCUGCUCCCAAAAAGCACAACAGCACCCGUCAAAGAGGAGACUUGAUCAAGACAUUGUUGCCGUCUAGUGACGUGCCCGAAUCCUACGUCAACUUCUUCGAUGCCUUGUUGUCACAGAGCACCGCUCAGGGCGGCGUUACCUUGCGCCAGAUCAAGAGCCUGUUGUCAGAGAGUAGCAUUGGACAUCCUGAGCAAUCCAAGAUUCUCGAAAUCAUUAGCGCUUCUGAUGCCGACGACUCACGUGUUCUGGGUCGCGGCGAGGUCAAUGUCGUUCUGGCCCUGAUCGGUCUGGCACAAGAGGGUGAAGAGCUUGGGUUAGAUGCGGUCGAUGAGCGUAGAAGACAGUUGCCCGUACCUCACCUGCCUUCUCUGACCGCUCCCCCCAAGCAAGAGCAGAAGCCUCCUCGAACACCCACUGGUCCUCCAGCAGAUUCCGGUGCCACGCAGUCUCAGAGCAUGGAAACUCCUGGCUUCGGCUUCGGCGAUGACCCUUGGGGAAGUCCUUCUAUGCACAAGAACCACCAUCAUGAAUCUGCUGCUCCUGCUUCAUACGCCCAGGCAGCUGCUCCCUCAUACCCGAAUGGCAGCGUCAAUGGUCGCGCAGAACCUCCACACGUCCGAACAACCAGCAACUUCACUACCACCUCCGCCGCCGACAAGACCGAGUCGCCUACCACCGACCCUUCCUCGUUCGAGCCAUCGCGACCUACAACAGCUGAGAGUGGCUGGGGCGGUUAUUCUGCAUCCAACGACGGCUUCAAUACUGCUCCUGGUAACGGAGGCUUUGGUGACUCGCAAAGCGACAACAACCAAACCGUAAGAAGACCAGCCGGUGUAUCCAGAUCUAGUGGCACAACAGGUCCUGAAGAGCUCAUCACUGUCAAUGUACUUGAAGAGAAGGAGGGCAUGUUCUUGUUCCAACAUCGCAACUACGAAGUCUCCAGUAUCAGGAGGAAUAGCCGUGUCAUUCGUCGUUAUAGUGAUUUUGUCUGGUUGCUGGACUGCUUGCAUAAGAAGUUCCCAUUCAGACAGCUUCCUCUUUUACCACCGAAGCGUGUUGCCAUCAACGGCAAGCACAUAGCCGCAGAUAACCUUUUCAUUGAGAAACGAAGGAGGGGUUUGGCACGCUUCGCAAACGCACUCGUCCGCCACCCUGUUUUGAGUCAAGAUCAGCUUGUCAUCAUGUUCUUGACUGUCCCUACGGAACUUGCUGUAUGGCGAAAGCAGGCCUCGAUCUCCGUGCAAGAAGAAUUCACCGGCAAGCCCCUACCACCAGGUCUCGAAGAUUCGCUUCCCCAAAACCUUUCUGACCUGUUCGACACUGUGCGAAAUGGAGUACGCCGUUCGACUGAGGUUUACAUCAACAUGUGUGGCAUGGUCGAACGACUUAUUAAGCGUAACGAGGGCCUUGCGAGCGAAUACACCCGUCUCUCUUUGGCUCUUGGUACGCUGACUGAAUGCUCCGCCGACACUUACGCCAUCGACACGAACGAGGUCGAGCUCCUGAAUGGAGGUCUCAAUGGCACAGCUAAACAUCUCUCCACCAAUCAGACCCUGCUCGAGGAUGAGGCUAGGGCUUGGGAUUUGGGCGUUUUGGAGGACCUCAAGCGCCAGCGUGAUGCUCUGGUCAGCAUGCGGGACAUGUUUGACCGUCGUGAUCGUUACGCUCGCGACAACAUUCCCCAAUUGGAACGCCGCAUUGCUUCAAACGAGAGCAAGCUCUCUGGCAUCCGUGCACGACACGAGUCUCAGAUCAAGCCUGGUGAGGCCGAGAAGGUUGAGAGCGCGAUCGUCAAGGACAAGCAAUCAAUAGUCGACCAACAUGCUCGAGGUGUUUUCAUCAAGGAGUGCAUUCGUGAUGAAAUUGUCCAUUUCCAGACCUCUCAAUACCACGUUAGCAGAAUGCACCAAGAGUGGUCGCAGGAGCGUGUCAAGUAUGCCGAGUUGGGCGCAGAGAAUUGGAGAUCAUUGAGCGAAGAGCUUGAGGCCAUGCCUCUUGGUGAUUGA